AUGGACUCGAUUUCAUGUAUAUCAGAUAUUGAAAUAGAAGAAAAUGACGCCAGCGAGGUUGGUGAACCCGGUUCACCAGGUAGCAGUAUAGAAACUGUCGAUACAGGCAUAUGGGGCCAUACUCUCUAUGGUGAGAUGCAGGCCUGUGCUGUAUCGACAGGAAACUGUAAUUCUGCCACUCUGUAUGGACCAGGAAUACCACCUGUAGAAAAUGAGGACAAUGAUGAUGAAGAUGUAACCUUCUGGAACUAUGAUACCAUCGGUAUCUAUGAUUCAGACGAGUUAGAUAGUAUUUCUGAUGAGAUGGAUAUAGAAUGGGUUAAUGUUGAUAUGGUUAAUAGUGAAUGGAUUAAUGUUGAUAUUGUUAAUAGUGAAUGGGAUUAUAUGGAUAAUGAUAAGGAGUGGAUAAGUAUCAUCGAUUUGGAUUGA